AGCGACCACGUUACGAAAGAGCCGCUUACAGUUGAUCUUGUCCCGGUAUAUAAGUCCGGGCGUGUCAGUUGUCGGCAGCACUUGACGCCGACUGCCCACCAUGAAGUUUGUGAUCCUCGCCGCCGUGGCCGCCGUGGCCCUCGCAGCCCCCGACAGGACCUACGGCCCGCCAAGGAGGACCUACGACGCCUCGGGCUCCCAAGAAUCCGCGGAGAUCCUCAAGCACGACUUCGUCCUCGAGGACGACGGCAGGUACAACCUGGAGGUGGAGACCAGCAACGGCAUCUCCGUGGCCCAGCACGGCAGCCCCGACGGCCCCGAGGGCGCCGUGGUCUCCAGCGGAUCAUACUCCUACACCGCCCCUGACGGCACUCCCGUCGAGGUCAAGUUCGUCGCCAACGAGAACGGCUACCAGCCCGAGUCUGACCUGCUGCCCGUGGCCCCCGAGUUCCCCCACCCCAUCCCCCAGUUCGUGCUGGACCAGAUCGCCAAGGCCGCCGAGGAGGACAGGAGGUCCAGCAGUCAGAGGGGCUACGACUAAACCAAUCCUUAAUAACACCACUUGAAGACUCUACUGUCAAGGAAGACGACAACACCAUGUCCUGAACACUGGCCGGGGACGCGGCGUGCUCGUGUUCCCGGAGGCGGUGACGCAACGUGUGUGUAUGUGUGUGUGUGUUGCUGACUGGACGGAGUGAUCCAGGACGCAGCGAGCGAGAGAUUGUUAGAAUGCCUAUUUAUUUGUGUGGAAUAAAACAAGUCAUUUUAUAA